AGGACCGAGAUGUGACUUGUUUGAGCUUGAAGCUGGGUUUAAAGGACUGCCUACUUCACCAGAUGUCACUUACUGUUACGCCUUAAGACACACUGCGUCAAGACUGUGAUAAGUAAGAGUCUCUGGAGGCGACGACAUCAUCAUGCAGAGUGUCAAGUGUGUGCUUGUUGGAGACAGUAAGGUGGGAAAAACCUACCUCAUCUACACCUACAUCCACAAGAUCUACCCUAAGGAAUACGUACCAUGUUUCUUCCAAACAUACAGCACUCAGGUUAGUGUAGACAGCCAGACUGUCACCCUGAACCUUGAACACACUGCUGGCAGUGAGGACUACGACCAUCUACGCACCCUCAGCUACCCUCAGGUCAAUGUCAUCAUCAUCUGCUUCUCCAUCGCCAGCCCAACAUCCUAUGAGAAAGUCAAGCUCAAAUGGCUCCCAGAGGUUAAACACUAUUGCCCUGAUGUGCUGAUUCUCCUCGUGGGAACUAAGAAGGAUCUACGUGAUGAUCAGGAGGUCUUGGAGAGACUGAGAGAGCAGGAUCAGACCACAGUCACUCAGGAGCAGGGAAUAACGAUGGCAAAGGAAAUAAAGGCUGUUAAAUAUCUGGAGUGUGCUUCAAUCACUCAGGAUGGGCUGGAUGAGGUGUUUGAAGAGGCUGUGCGUGCAGUUCUCAAUCAUUCAGUCACCAAAAAGAAACCAUGUGUGGUCAUGUAAGCUAAGGUUGUAUAUAAAUACCGUAUUUUGAUGAUGUGAGUUCAUGGCAUAUCUGUUUGUUUCUGUAUAUCUGAGCAGCUUUAUGUGCUUGUGGGGCAGGCAUGACAUCAGAUUUUCACUGCAGAAUUGUUGUGGCACUGGACUAUUUACAGGAUAUUACAUGUGUAUUAUUAACAUGAUAUCUGUAAGGUUUUUAUUUUUGUGUCACGCACACUUACAUGUGCCCGACCUUCAUGGGUUCACAUGACACCAUUACAAUGACGUUCCGUAACAAUCAUGUACAUGUUAUUUUACUACUCGGACCAUAAACAAAAUACUCUGCCUUCUAUCCCAGGAAAUUCAGCCACAGAAAAGGUUCCCUGUCUGAAACAAAACUUAAAUUUUUCAUGAUCAUCCAGCUAAAAGAAAUCAACAGAUACUGAAAAGUACACUCUUUAUGCCUACAUAUACUGGACUGUAAAACAAAAAGUUCAUCUCAUUCUCAACUUCACCUAAAUUACACAACAAACAAAUUCUGUCCUCCUUUAGGGUGGUGUAAACCUUCCAGUCUCUAAGGCUAACGGUAAUGUUCCUGAGUGCAACUGUGCACACAGGGAUCUUUGUCUUUUGUUUAGGUUAUACUCCACGUAAGGUUCCACAGUGUAGCUAUUCUUUAUGAGACAAUACGUUAAUAGUUUGGUAUAUACCAUAUUAACAGACCAUGCGAAACAUUCCACUCCUAAUGUCCUGUGUGGUUGUCUAUGGGAAUAUCAUGUAUGUGCUGUAGGAAGACUAAACGUGAAUGCUACAGAUGCAACUUGAUAUAAAAAUGUAUCAGACCACACCAUGUUAUAGUUAAAUGUUUGUUGUUUUAGGACUCCUUUAUUUAUUUAUUUUUUAUAUUUAGUUUGCUGAUGUGUAAAUGUAUAAUUUAAUAAAAUAAAUAACAUGUUCUGGCCUUCUUAGUUUGCUCAAAGCUGUUCUCUUCUGUUGUUUUUACUUUGCUGCAGUAAUAAAGUGGGAACUCCCAGUUU